AGGAAUUGAGCAAGUGACUCGGCCAGCCUUCUUCGGACUGGGCAUCCUGGUUUCCAGCGCCAAGAACCUGAAGUCAUGAAGGUGGAGGAGAAGGUUGCGGCAGGAAUGCUGGACCCCUCUAACGACAGGAGGAGAGGUCGCAACCCAGAAGAUGGCGGUCGCCUCCACAGGGGCCUGCCGGUCUCCAGCUACCCUCAGAGAAAAAGAGACCAGAGGGGACAUCCUUCCGGCCUGCAAAAAGUCCACUGGGGCCAGCGGCCAGACCACAUGCAGCCGGAGCUGACUGGUGCGGGGCGCGGGGGCAGCGGCGGCGACAGCCAAGUGGAUCACGUCAGCAGAACCCGCUCUCCAGCUGCAGAGCAGCUCCGGGGCAUCCUGGGGGAGGAAGAUGAGGCUCCCAACCCCACCCUCUUCACAGAGAUGGACACCCUGCAGCACGACGGAGACCAGAUGGAGUGGAAAGAGUCGGCCAGGUGGAUAAAGUUUGAAGAGAAGGUGGAAGAAGGAGGUGAGCGCUGGAGCAAGCCGCACGUGUCCACCCUGUCCCUGCACAGCCUCUUCGAGCUGCGAGCCUGCCUGCAGACGGGGACGGUGCUGCUGGAUUUGGACGGCGGCUCCCUACCACAGAUCAUAGAUGACGUCAUUGAGAAGCAGAUCGAGGAGGGCCUCCUGCGGCCGGAGCUCCGGGACAGGGUCAGCUACGUCCUCCUGCGGAAGCACCGGCACCAGACCAAGAAGCCCAUCCACCGCUCCCUGGUGGACAUUGGAAAGUCCGUGUCGUCCACCACAAAUCGCAGCCCCAGCCGCAGCCCCGCCGCCGGUACCAGCCUGCACCGAUCCACCGAGGACCUGCGGAUGCGGGACAGCACCAACUACGGACAGCUGUGCCACGCGCAGAGCAGAAGCAUGAAUGACAUUUCUCGCACAGCGAACACAGACCAACGGAAAAACAAGUUCAUGAAGAAGAUCCCCAAGGACUCCGAAGCAUCCAACGUGCUGGUGGGCGAGGUGGACUUCCUGGAGCGGCCCUUCAUCGCCUUCGUGCGCCUUGUCCAGUCUGCCAUGCUGGGGGGCGUGACCGAGGUGCCCGUGCCCACCAGAUUUCUGUUCAUCCUGCUGGGACCCUCUGGCCGAGCAAAGUCCUACAAUGAAAUUGGCCGCGCCAUUGCUACCCUCAUGGUAGAUGACCUCUUCAGCCAGGUGGCCUAUAAAGCCCGCAAUAGGGACGAUCUGAUUGCCGGCAUUGACGAGUUUCUGGACGAGGUCAUCGUCCUGCCCCCUGGAGAAUGGGACCCAAAUAUCCGAAUCGAGCCCCCCAAGAAGGUGCCCUCUGCUGACAAGAGGAAGUCCGUGUUCUCCGGUGCCGGUGCCGAGCCGGGCCACAUGAACGGCUCUGUGGGAGGCAGCGGCGGCGGUGGCGGAGGCCCCCCUGCAGGUGGCGGAGGCGGCGGAGGAGCUGGAGGGCCCGGUGGAGGGGCCGCGGAUGAAGACGAGAUGCCAGCCGUGCAUGAAAUUGGGGAAGAGCUUCUCUGGACGGGAAGGUUCUUCGGCGGCCUGUGUCUGGAUAUCAAGCGGAAGCUGCCCUGGUUCCCAAGCGACUUCUACGACGGCUUCCACAUUCAGUCCAUCUCUGCCAUCCUCUUCAUCUACCUCGGCUGUAUCACCAACGCCAUCACCUUUGGUGGCCUUCUGGGUGACGCCACCGACAACUAUCAGGGCGUGAUGGAGAGCUUCCUGGGCACUGCCAUGGCCGGCUCCUUGUUCUGCCUCUUCUCGGGACAGCCUCUCAUCAUCCUCAGCAGCACGGGGCCCAUCCUCAUCUUCGAGAAGCUCCUCUUCGACUUCAGCAAAGGCAAUGGCCUGGACUACAUGGAGUUCCGCCUCUGGAUCGGCCUGCACUCGGCCGUGCAGUGCCUCGUCCUGGUGGCCACUGACGCCAGCUUCAUCAUCAAGUACAUCACCCGCUUCACCGAGGAAGGCUUCUCCACCCUCAUCAGCUUCAUCUUCAUCUACGACGCCAUCAAAAAGAUGAUCGGAGCCUUCAAGUACUACCCCAUCCACACGGCCUUCAGGCCGGAUGCCGUCACCACCUACAAGUGCCAGUGCGUCGCCCCUGACACAGUGAACACCACCACGUCCAAUGCUUCAGCUCCGCGGGCUCCGAGCACCAAUAUUUCUCUGUACAACCCCCUUAACCUCACAGGGCUGGACUGGUCCCUGCUGAGCAAGAAGGAGUGUCUGAGCUACGGUGGGAGCCUGCUCGGGGAUUCCUGCCAGUUCAUCCCAGACCUUGCACUCCUCUCCUUCAUCCUUUUCUUCGGGACUUACUCCAUGACCCUGGCUUUGAAGAAGUUCAAAUCCAGCCGCUACUUCCCUACCAAGGUCCGGGCCCUGGUGGCUGACUUUUCCAUCGUCUUUUCCAUCCUGAUGUUCUGUGGAAUCGAUGCCUGUUUUGGCCUGGAAACCCCCAAGCUGCACGUGCCCAGUGUCAUCAAGCCCACGCGGCCCGACCGAGGCUGGUUCGUGCCCCCGUUUGGGAAGAACCCGUGGUGGGUAUACCUGGCGAGCAUCCUGCCCGCCCUGCUGGUGACCAUCCUGAUCUUCAUGGACCAGCAGAUCACCGCCGUCAUCGUCAACCGGAAGGAGAACAAGCUGAGGAAGGCCGCCGGCUACCACCUGGACCUGUUCUGGGUGGGCAUCCUCAUGGCUCUGUGCUCCUUCAUGGGGCUGCCCUGGAAGUACAAUUGGCCAGGCCAGGCUGCCUCCACACUGGGCAGGCUCAGUCCCCAAGCCCAAAGCUCUUCUUUGGCCUCUUCUCAGUACAUCCCCAUGCCGGUGCUGUACGGAGUCUUCCUCUACAUGGGCGUGGCCUCUCUGAAUGGCAUCCAGUUCUGGGACCGCUGCAAGCUCUUCCUGAUGCCGGCCAAGCACCAGCCGGACUACGCCUUCCUGCGCCACGUGCCCCUGCGCCGCAUCCACCUCUUCACCCUGGUGCAGACCCUCUGCCUGGCCGUGCUCUGGGUCCUCAAGUCCACGGUGGCGGCCAUCAUCUUCCCAGUCAUGAUCCUGGGCCUCAUCCUUGUCCGAAGGCUCCUGGACUUCAUCUUCUCACAGCAUGACCUGGCCUGGAUCGACAACAUCAUCCCAGAGAAGGAGAAAAAGGAAAUCGACAAGAAGAAAAGGAAGGGGGGCCAUGAAGACAGCGAAGAGAAGCCCCGGUUCCCUCCUCCCUCAGUUGUAAAGAUUCCCAUGGAAAGUGUCCCAUCAGACCCCCAAAACGGUCUCCAGUGCAUUGCCCGACAAAGAUCUUCCAGUUGGAGUUACUCGCUCUGAUUCUUCCUUCAGUGACUCGGAACUGGACCGAAGCAUCACCUUGCAUUUCAAAAUUUCCUGUCCAGUCUCACCGGCUUUCAACUACUCCCGGAGCCCGGUCACCCCCAUGCCCCAGGUGAAGAUCGAGAUGGAGCCUGACGAUGACUUCAUGGCCGUGGACAGAUACCGAAGAGAAGCCGAUGGCGAGACCCUGCUGUAGGAAGGUGAAGCUGCUCCCAGAUAGGGCACAGAGCAGGGGGGCUCCCCUCAGUCUUUAAUCGGGAGAGCCUGGGUCAAAAGUCUAAAGUGCGUAUGCCUCAGUUUCCUUUAUCAGAGGAAGUCUGCCUGCCUGACAGGAAACUGGAGAUUUGUCGACGAGAAGCUCUCUCCAUUUAUGUCGUUAGCAAAAUGACUGGGAGCUGAAUGCACACCUUUAUUGUUAAAAUCCAGCAGAGAAAGCGUUCAUGUUUCUUCUUGGGAAAACAACAGAAAACAGCGCUUGCCCCCAAAACCAUAGCUAAGAUAAAGAGGCGAUAGUGAACUUUCAUUUAAAAGUGAAUACAGGUUAAGAUUUUGCUUAGAUGGUCCUAGAACUACUAAAAUACUCUUCGUUAAGUCAAGGCUGAGAAUUGUUUUGCAGUUUUAUGCAGUAAGAAAUGCUUAGAAAAAGCCCCGUGUUUUCUUCCCAUCUCAUUCCGUUUUCUGAGGGUCCGAUGAAACGUCUGAACUAUCCGCAUGGGGGUCCUUGCACCACCCCUCCUAAAAUCUGUUGCUGACAGGACCAAUUCAUCUGAGGGGAGAAAGUAUUUUAGAAGUAAAAUCGGUUUUGUUAAAAGUGAACCACGCGUUAAAAUAACAAGCCAAACAUUUGUUGUUGAUUCCGGGUGUGAAGGGAAAAUCAGCAACUCCAACAGGAAAGAUCAGCCCUUCCGGUAAAUUUCCCAGGGCCUCGGGUCCAGUCCCACUCCCAUCCACAGAGUGUGGCAGGGUAGGCGGAGCUGAUGUCCAAAUUCUGGAGAAGGACUCAGCCGUGCAAGCCGGCCUAGCCUCGGGAAGGAAUGUGAGUGGACGCAGUAAACACAAACAGUGACUCGGGCUGUGUGUGACUAAUGCCUUCCCCUAGGACACUUAAUUAUCGCUCAUCUCAUCUUCUAAUCACCCAACGAACGCCAACAGGGUUUGCUGAACACCUACUAUGUGUCUGACAUCCACACAUAAGAGAAACAACAAAAAUGCAACCGUCCUUUACGUUGGUCAAAACAACUCAAGUAAAUCAUUUUGGUGAGUUGCUACAUUUACUCAAAAUGACAACUGCAGGUGCAUUGUCUUUUCUAAGACAAAUCACACUAGGUUGCUAGCCACCCCCACCACCCUGGAGUACUAGGACAGUCUCUGUGAAUCCCCAGAGGCUAUUAUAGUUCCCACUCCAUAGAAAGUGCUCGAUAAAUGCUUGCUAAAUCUCAGAGCUCCCAAGGGAUACUGCCAAGAGGUGACACUACAAACCUCGACCACCCCAGUCUGCAGAUAGCAGCCGGAUCGCUUACCUGUUCGUUAAUCGCACACCAAUACUCAAUCUUUGUCUUCACCUGGGCCCAUCUGGAAGAGCCAACAGUCUCCCCUUUGAUGUUUCAAUUUUAAAACCUGGCUGAUUUGCUCCAGCACUCUGUCCAGAUUAAACGGCAGACAUUGUGUAGCUUCAGGAGCACCAGCGUGUGAUACUCAAACCGGCUGGGAAAUGACCAGGCUAAUAUUUUCUGAUUGCUCACUGUGGUGUUCACCUUCUCGCGGGUCAUUUGGAUUUUGUAUAAACAGAAACAUUUUCAUGUCAGCAGCUUUAUCAAGACACCCUAUUGUUACUUCUCCAGACCAGUAACUUUUCCCACGUGUAAUGUAACUGGAAUUCAAUAAAACGUAACCCUGUCUGUC